UCAUAGUCUUUGCGAAUUGCGUAGACUUAUCCUCACAAGAGCCACUGCAUUGCCACCGAAAUCUCGUCCACGCAAUCGCGUAAUCUCCUUAACCCAAAACAUACAAACCCAACAUUACUGAUCCCCUUUCACUCUCCCUCCACCACUUCCAUAUCUCUUCUCUUCUCUUCAUCCUUCCCUCACAUUCCCACACUCGCAAUCACCACUAUGGCAGCUGCAGUGACUUCCGCUGCAGUCUCUUUUCCCUCUUCCAAGUCAUCCCCAUUCUCUUCCAGAACCUCCAUAGUCUUCACCCACGAAAGAAUCACCUUCAAGAAGGUUCGUCAGGCAUCUUAUGUGCCUACUGGAAGCAGGGGACUGGUUUCAGUGAGAGCCCAAGUCACGACCGAAGCUCCUGCUAAGGUGAAGAAGGAGUCCAAGAAACAAGAGGAAGGUGUGACUGUGAACAAGUUCAAACCCAAGGAGCCUUACAUUGGGAGAUGCCUUCUCAACACCAAGAUCACUGGCGACGAUGCCCCUGGAGAGACCUGGCACAUGGUUUUCAGCACUGAAGGGGAGGUGCCAUACAGAGAAGGGCAGUCGAUUGGAGUUAUUCCAGAGGGCAUUGACAAGAACGGGAAGCCACACAAGCUUAGAUUGUAUUCAAUUGCCAGCAGUGCUAUCGGUGAUUUCGGCGACUCCAAAACUGUCUCCCUUUGUGUAAAGAGGCUUGUUUACGUUAAUGACCAAGGAGAGACUGUUAAGGGAGUCUGCUCAAAUUUCUUGUGUAAGCCCGUGUCAAGAAUAAAAUAUUUUGUACCCAAUUAGGAAUAUGGGUCAGUUCGGUUAGAGCUUUAGGCUUCUGAGAUAUUCUGGUCUGCGUUUGUGGUUGACUCCAGGUGAUCUGAAGCCCGGCUCAGAAGUUACAAUCACAGGACCAGUUGGUAAGGAAAUGCUUAUGCCAAAAGACCCUAAUGCUACAAUUAUCAUGGUAACAUGCUCUUAUGCAUUCUUCAUGUUUAUGCCAAUUUCAGCUACCUAUAUGGGUUCCAGUUAGAUUCUCAUGCCUUUUCUGCAUUGAACUCCUCUUCUUUGCAGCUCGGGACUGGGACCGGCAUUGCACCCUUCAGAUCGUUCUUGUGGAAAAUGUUCUUUGAGAAGCAUGAGGACUACAAGUUCAAUGGUCUCGCUUGGCUUUUCCUUGGAGUUCCCACUAGCAGCUCAUUGCUCUACAAGGAGGAGUUUGAGAAGAUGAAGGAGAAGGCACCUGAAAACUUCAGGCUGGACUUUGCAGUCAGCAGGGAGCAAACCAAUGAGAAGGGCGAAAAGAUGUACAUCCAAACGCGCAUGGCUCAAUAUGCGGAAGAGCUGUGGGAGCUACUGAAGAAAGAUAACACAUUCGUGUACAUGUGUGGACUGAAGGGAAUGGAGAAGGGCAUUGAUGACAUUAUGGUCGGCUUGGCUGCUAAGGAUGGAAUUGAUUGGUUUGAUUACAAGAAGCAGCUGAAGAAGGCUGAGCAGUGGAAUGUGGAAGUUUACUAGGAAGUGUUUUUGGUUUGUACACAAACGUAAAAAGGAUGUUCCUUUCUUUUUGGCGAUAUGUAUAUUUGCAAGCCAAAAGAAGUUUUCCUGUAAUGAAGUGCAUUCCGCUGCAUUAGUGUAGAUAGGGUAUAAUCGACCGUAUAUUUUGAGUUUUGACUGUUAAUUCUUCAAAUACUGUUAUGGCCUACUUGAAAAAAGGAAAACAAAAAUCUUAACAAACAAGUAAACAAAGUCCUACAAAGAAAAGGAAACAAAUUUGAAUUUUUCAACCCUUAAUUCUAGC